GACUUGUAAUAUGCAGGCUGAUUGGCUGGAGAAGGAAGGAUAGAGGAAAAGGAAAAGAGGUAAGGUGGAGGAUGAAAACAAACCAGAAGGACUAUGGCUUCAAUGUGGAAUUUCUCAAGCGAUUCCUCAACAUCCUUAGGAUCCUCUUCCCAGGAUUCUGCUCCAUCACAUUCGCACUCUUCCUGGCUCUCCUUUUCCUCUCCUUCCUUGAGGAGUAUGUGAUAUACCAUGUGGGGUUGAUCCCUAGUCGGUUCUACAAGGUGCUAGGUGAGAAGAAUCUUGAUGAUUUUAAAUCGGUGGCCUUCAUCAGUGUCGGCAUUGUCAUAGCC